UUACAGUGUUGCACAGCGGUGGUGACGCAAUUUCCUCUCGUUAACAGAAUAAGACGCUUCGUUAGCUGCUAGCAUGAGUUUGUUUUUGCCUAAAUUAGCUUGUAAAAAAGACAUAGAUGAGGUUAUUAAAUGUGUGGCGGAGAAAGUCGUAGUUCUGAGGUUCGGCAGAGACGAAGACUCGAUUUGUCUCCAGCUCGACGAGAUUUUGUCAAAAACUUCCCACGAUCUCAGCAACAUGGCGUCGAUCUACAUCGUCGAUGUGGACAAAGCUCCGAUCUACUCGAGAUACUUUGACAUCAGCUACAUCCCCUCCACCGUGUUCUUCUUCAACGGGCAGCACAUGAAGGUGGAUUAUGGCUCCCCAGAUCACACCAAAUUUGUCGGCAGUUUUAAGACGAAGCAAGAUUUCAUGGAUCUGAUUGAAGUCAUUUACAGAGGAGCCAUGCGGGGAAAGAUGAUUGUUCAGAGUCCCAUAGACCCUCGGAACAUUCCCAAAUAUGAUCUCCUCUAUCACGGAAUUUAAACUUAACACAUCCACUGUGUGGCCUUACGAUCAUAAUGUUUUGUUACAGAGAGGCAUCUACUACUGCUGAGUGAUUAAGUCAGAGAAACAUCUUCAAAUUUCAGAUACAAAGCAGCUGCCUGAAGAAGCUUUCAUCUCAAGUGUUUCAGAUUAGGAGCCUUAUUAAAUAUCUGCACUUUCCAACAGAAGCUAAACAGCACAUGACCCCUUACUCUUCUCUGCUGUGUGGUUGUGAAGUUUCUGCACAGUAUUAAUGUCACUGUUCAACAGUAACAUGAAGGUUCUUAUGAGGUAAAGUGAAAGCUUGUAAACAUGGAUUUUAACAAUGCGUCUUUCAUUGUUUCAAAGAAUUUUGGUCUUGCAAGGAUACAAACAAUUUCUGUGAAAUGCAGAAUGUAAACAGAAACUUUUUUAUUACUUCUUUCAAACUUCACUGGACUCCUGUGUACACUCACAUAUAGGAAUGUGACAAUGUAUUGGACGUUGUUUAAGAUCCCAUAUUCAAAUGAAUCAACAGCAGGACAGUUUUAUGGUUUUCUCAUUAGUUCAUGUUUUUUGGACAGUAAGUGAAUUUAGAUGAAUGAAUCCCUUUAGCUUUGUUCUAAUUUAAUCUUUUUUUUUAAGAAAAAUGUCUUGUGGUAUUUUGAUAUUUCCCAUGGAAAUCAGCUGUAUAUCAGCAUAGACAUACAAUUGAUUUAUCCAUGUAAAUGCUAUGCUGUGGCAAUAAACUUUUAUAUAUUACCUU